AGAGGGGAGAGAGUGGUGGGGUAGGAAGUCAGAGAGGGGGGAAGAAAAAAAAAAGAAGAAAGAGAGAUCGAUAUAAACACUUCAGGAGCAGACGGCAGUCUGUGGCUCAGUGUGGCGGUGACGGACUCUCCAUGUGUGUCUCUGUACCCCGGGUGGUUGAUGCUCGUCAUCGUGAAUUUGCAGCAACUUCUCCUACUUCAUCCCCAGUGGGAUUAGGACAGACUAGAAACUGUGAAGACACGUGCGGGGGACGAAGAGGACAUGCUGCUGCUUCUCUUCCUGUUUGUUCUUCACGUAUCCUCCUUGGAGAACGUGGCGCUGCUGAAGCCGGCCAGGCAGAGCUCGGACUACUCCAGCAGCACGGCGGACAAGGCGGUGGACGGCGACACCGAUGGCGUCCGUUACAACGGUCACUGCUCGACGACCAACCAGACGGUGAACUCCUGGUGGAAGGUCGACCUGAUGGGCUUGUACACCAUCAGCCAUGUGGAACUGUUCAACAGGAUUGACGGAUGGACUUACAGACUCCAGAACUUCGAAAUAAGAGUAUCUUCUCGAGAUCCUCUAACUUUCCCCUCGAAGGAGGGGAAGCAGUGUGUGUAUUACACUUCUAUAGUCCCCAUCAAUGGCUACACACUGAACUGCACUCAGCCAAUCACAGGCCGCUACGUCAGCGUCUUCAAGGCCGGCGAUGAACAUCUGACCAUCUGCGAGAUUCGCGUGUUUGGAGAAAGAGUUUUUACAGGUUCGUUUAGGAAGACAUAUAACAAUUUCCGGUUCGUCAGCACAAUCGUUACGUCAUUUCCGUCCGUCAGCUUUGCCGGCUGUGCAGUCCUGUGUCUUCAAAGUGUCAACUGCUCCGCUUUCAGCUUCGAGCAACCACCAUCACAGGUCUCAUCAAAGGUCACUCGGAAGUCCACAUGUGACCUCGCUGCUUACACCGAGUUCGCAGAACAACCACCGAUGUUCUCACUGUCCGGAUGGAAUGUCUACUCCAAGAAGAUCUAGACAAGUUGUCGCUACUUCCAUCCACCAAUCCAUCUACCUAUUCUUAUGCAGUGUAAUGAAACCUUCAAAAUAAAAAAAGAAUAUUAUCAUCUCCAUCGUAGAUGUGAAUGUAUCAGGUUUGAUACCGUGCGUUGAAUUUUCUUCUUCUCUCUUUUUUAAAAAUGUGUCCUACCUUCAUAAGAAACAAAGAAAUUAAAAAAUAAAUAAAACACGAUGCUUAGGACAGGUAUAAACAUUUUAUCCAACUUCAGAUCACAAAAACGUAACUACUAAAGAUGAAAUGCUUUGGUUUCUCCGACACAAAAAAAAAAAAAAAAAAAAAAAAAAAAAAAAAAAAA